AUGUCAGUGCGAGUUCUGAAUCCAAAUGCCGAGGUUCUCAACAACUCCGCCGCGCUUCAUAUGACCAUCAACGCCGCCAAGGGUUUGCAGGAUGUACUUAAGUCGAAUCUCGGUCCUACGGGAACAAUCAAAAUGCUUGUUGGUGGUUCUGGGGAUAUUAAGCUUACCAAGGAUGGGAACACGCUGUUGAAAGAAAUGCAAAUUCAGAAUCCAACAGCCAUUAUGAUUGCAAGGACAGCUGUUGCACAGGAUGAUAUAAGUGGCGAUGGUACUACUUCCACUGUCAUCUUCAUUGGCGAGCUCAUGAAACAGUCCGAGCGCUGCAUUGAUGAAGGAAUGCAUCCACGUGUCUUAGUUGAUGGUUUUGAGAUUGCUAAGAGAGCUACUCUUCAGUUUCUUGAGAACUUCAAGACCCCUGUGGUUAUGGGUGAAGAAGCUGAUAAAGAGAUCCUAAAAAUGGUUGCAAGAACGACACUUAGAACAAAGUUGUACGAAGGCCUGGCUGAUCAACUUACUGACAUCGUCGUUAAUUCAGUUCUCUGCAUCCGGAAACCUGAAGAAGGUAUUGAUCUGUUUAUGGUGGAGAUAAUGCACAUGCGCCACAAAUUUGAUGUUGACACACGAUUGGUUGAAGGGCUUGUUCUAGAUCAUGGUUCGAGACACCCUGAUAUGAAACGACGCGCAGAGAAUUGCCACAUCCUAACUUGCAAUGUGUCGCUGGAGUAUGAGAAGAGCGAAAUUAAUGCAGGGUUUUUCUACUCUAAUGCGGAGCAGAGGGAAGCGAUGGUUAUUGCCGAGAGGCGAUCUGUUGAUGAAAGAGUUAAGAAAAUUAUUGAGCUGAAGAACAAGGUGUGUGCUGAUAAUGAUAAUAACUUUGUUAUCAUAAAUCAAAAGGGUAUUGACCCACCGUCAUUGGAUCUUCUUGCUAGAGAAGGGAUUAUUGCCCUUAGAAGAGCAAAGAGGAGGAACAUGGAACGUUUAGUUUUGGCAUGUGGUGGAGAAGCUGUGAAUUCAGUCGACGACUUGACCCCUGAGUCGCUUGGAUGGGCUGGACUUGUCUAUGAGCACGUUCUUGGGGAGGAAAAGUACACAUUUGUGGAGCAAGUGAAGAAUCCUUAUUCAUGUACCAUUCUCAUAAAAGGGCCUAAUGACCACACCAUUGCUCAAAUUAAGGACGCUGUUCGUGAUGGUCUAAGAUCGGUCAAGAACACCUUAGAAGACGAGUGUGUUGUGUUAGGAGCAGGAGCGUUUGAAGUUGCAGCAAGACAUCACUUAAUCAACGAAGUCAAGAAAACCGUUGAAGGGCGUGCCCAACUUGGUGUUGAAGCUUUUGCAAAUGCCCUGCUCGUGGUGCCUAAGACACUUGCAGAAAAUGCAGGUCUUGAUACACAAGACGUGAUCAUCUCUCUUACGAGCGAGCAUGAGAAAGGAAACGUCGUGGGAUUGAACCUUCAGGACGGUGAACCAAUUGACCCGCAGCUCGCUGGUAUUUUUGACAAUUACUCGGUCAAACGCCAACUUAUCAAUUCAGGGCCAGUGAUUGCGUCGCAGUUACUUUUGGUGGACGAAGUGAUUCGUGCAGGAAGGAAUAUGAGGAAGCCUACUGCUUGA